CGCCCGGCGUUUCUCUUUAGCCCCGCCUCUUCGGUUUUCUCCCGUCGCGCCCUCGGGUUGGUCUUUCCCCGCCUUUCGGCGCGCCGGCUGGAAAGAAGUUUUGCUGAGCGGUUCUUCCGUACGUUGGAUUGCCUCUGAAUUAAAUGCCUUUUAUCUGUUGCAAUGGAGUCGGAGAGUCUCAUGAUCCUUUACGAGGAUAAUUCUGUUGAAGUGCACUAUGCGGGUGGAUCCAGGCUGCUGCUUUCUCCUUGCGGGUCUGAAUUUUUAUUUGAGAAAGCCAUUCCUGCCUCUCCCCAUCCCAUGCAGCCAGCAGAGAGGGUUCGCCAGAGGACACAGUUUGCUAUUAGCAUCUACCGGGACCAGCUUUUGCAUGCAAUUGAUUUCCGGAAUCUGUAUUCUGAUCGUCCCUAUUUACCUUCAAGUAUUAUAUCUCCUGAAAGGAAAAAUGUUCUUUUUGCAGAUAUCUCCAAAGCCAAAUGGCCCACUCCUCAUACUGCUGAUGGGGUGAUACGUCUGUGUCACGGCAGCGUGACAGUCUCAUCUUUAGAUGGCCAUGCUUGUCUCUUCUUGCCAGAGCUUCAGCAAGAAUUUACAGUGGAGUUUUUAUGCAAAGUUAGCCAACAGUUAUUGGCACCAAAAUUACCAGUUUUGGAAAAAAGGUCUGACGAAUCGGUCCAGAAUUGCUCUGGAAGGUCCAGCCAGAAUCCUGCCUUGAAACCAACUUCUAAGCAACAGAGAACAGAAGAGAGAGAGGACAACCUCUGCAGGGAUACAGAAAAAAAUUUGCAGGACAGGAGAUCAACUCCUAUGCAAAAAGAUGAGAUUCCUUGGUCUUUCCAGAACUGUUCAUCAGAAUAUUGUAGGGUUACCCAACGUAUGUCGGUGUUCUCCUGCCCCGAAGAAUGGAAGUACGCUUUGUCAUUGGCUUUUAUGUUUUAUCGGUCACACGCUGGCAACAACAGUGAAACAGAUGAAGGAAACAAAGGCAAUGGGAAUGUAGGUCAUGACACUUCACCUUCAUUGGAAACUUCUAAAGCAAUCACUUGUUUGCCUCGGGCUUUACCACUCAGCUGCUGUGCUCCUUAUCUGCACAGGUGGAAUUUCUCUGAUUUCUUCCAGCUGAGAAAGGAGGGCAGUGGGCAUUAUUUGUACUCCCAGCCAAUCAAAGUAGUCUGGAGUGAAGGUGUUAUUUUCAGGUUUUUUUCUGGAGCUAGACGCAUAGAAAUUUACCCUGGCGAUGGCUCAGUUUUCAAAUCAGAAGCUUCCUUUUUAGGAAAAUAUUUCACUCGGUAUUGUAUUCAGGAACAAACAAGGCAGAUCCGUGAUGGUACCUCUCCAUGUCAUGUGCACACAAGAGAAGAAACAAUGUAUUCCGUAAGUGGGCUGCCACCUGAUAUACCUGGGAGUCUCUACUCUGUGUGGACAAUUAUUACACAAGCAGUAAGAGUUCUUCAACAUAAUCUUGAGAACAUGCUUUCAUUAACACAUAAUUACACCGUCUGCUGCUGGAAGAUGGUGUCUCCUGAAAUGGGCGGAGGAAGAAUGCUACCAGUCCCUCUGGCUGAAACGGUUAUUCCUAAUGUAGGAAGAUUCUUUGCCUAUUCAGAUAAUAAAGUACAUGCUGUUUUUUAUGAUGGAAUGAUCCUGAACAUGGCGUGGGAUUUCAGUUGUCACUAUGGAAAAUCACAGAGACCUCAAGAUGCUAACAUAGGUUGGUGCAAACUGACGUCUCCUGAAGGAGCACAGCAUCUUCUCCAGAUAGAUCAGCCCGAGCUCUAUGAAAGAUACAUCACAACUGUGGUAGAAUGGUGCAGAAGCGUAAACAAGGACGGAGAGAUGCCUACUGAUGCACCACAGUCUAAUCCUGAAGAUAACUGGUCAGUUGCUGCUGAACUUGAAAAAAUAAAAAGAUUCAACUUUUUAUUGGAAUACAGCAAUAUUCCAAGCAAGGUUUCAGCUGUGAAAAAAAAAACAUCCUCCAACACAGACAGGCGAAACGGACCAGAAGAAGUCUUUCUAGACAAGGACAUUAGUAAAAAGAACAUAACUGAGACUCUUGAAAAAACUUCAAGAGUUAUCAAUGAUAUUGAUUCUCUUUUAGCUUCCUCUAUAAAGCGAAACAUGAUCAAAAGCAGUUCAGGUAAUGCUGUCCCCCACUAACCUGAUUGAAGAAGCAGAAAAAUAAAUUCAAACCAUCAAGGUCAGGCUGUAAAGAGUUGUUCUCAGUCACUCACUUUAUAUAUUUUUAAAAGGCAGAAUUAUCAGUUAAGGAUAUUGUUAAUUUAUUAAUUUGAGUAUAUGUUGGGAGGUUUUAGGGAUUAUGUUUGUUUUUUGUGUGUAUUACUAUUUCUUAGCUGAUUUGCCUCUAUGGAGAGAUAGGUGUGACAGAAUUUUUUUAAGUAAAUAACAAUAAAAAAUAAACUAUGGUUUGUUAUAAAA